AUGAGCGCAAAUGAACUUCAAGAAGAUUAUAGUUCGGAUUCAUCAAACGAUCCUGAUUAUGUUCUAAAUGAUAGCGAGGAUGAAACCGAACUGGUAAAUGUAGCAGCACAAGGCAAAAAGGACCUUGAUUAUGAAACAAAUUUGAUGACUCGUAAAAAAAUCGCAAAAGAAUCAAAUACAAUUGAUGAAGAACGUAAAAGUAAGAUCGAUGCUUUAUGGGCUGAAUUGAACGCAGAUGAUGAUGACUAUCUUCCUAUACCAGCAAAGCCCUACAAUAAUUUGGUAGAUAAUAAAGCUCUUUUAAAUGACAACCCUUUUCCUUUAACCAAUUUAACUAAAGUUCCGAAAUCAACAAAGAUGAUUACCAUAACAAAAACUUAUAAAUUUGCUGGUGAUAUUAUAACAGAACAUAAACAAGUUCCCGAAGAUUCAGAAGAGGGACAAGCUUUUAUAGAAGAACAAGAGACAUCAGAAACCAGCAACGAAUCGAGUUCUAUUUUCUCAACGUCACGAACAUCUGUCAAAUCACCAUCAACUAUUCCGAAGAGCGGUAGUGGUGGUGGUAACGUUGAUAAAUUUAUCAAAUCUAAAAUAAGUCUUGAACAACUCGCUUCACUUAAAAAGAAACCAACAAAAUUAAAUACUUUGGAGAAAUCAAAAAUGGAUUGGAAAAAAUACGUUGAACAAGAACAAAUUGUUGAUGAAUUAAAAUAUCAUAAUAAGAACGGAAAAACAGGAAUUCUUGCAUCGUGCAUACGAAAGGCAGGAAUCUGA